GCGCGCAGGCACGCCGGUCGGGGGCAGUGCCGGAGCCCGGGCCGAGAGGCGGCAGCGCCUGACUCUAUCGCGACAGCCCGCUCCCUCCCCCGCCGCGACAUGAUGGCGACUAGGGCCAAGAAGCCGCGGAGGCCGAUACUGAAGAAGCCGUCCAACCCCAGCCUGAGGGACCCCGUGGGGGUGUACUGCAGGGUGCGGCCGCUCAGCCGCCCGGACCAGGAGUGCUGCAUCGAGGUCAUCAGCGACACCACCGUGCAGAUGCACCCGCCCGACGGCUACAGGAUAUUCCGCAACGGGGAGUACCGAGAGACACAGUAUUCAUUUAAAGAAGUGUUUGGCACCCUUGUUGUUCAGAAGAAGGUUUUUGAUGUGGUGGCUAAACCUCUAGUAGAAGAUCUCAUUCGUGGGAAAAAUGGUCUUCUUUUUACAUAUGGCGUGACAGGCAGUGGAAAAACACACACCAUGACAGGGUCUCCUGGUGAUGGAGGACUUCUCCCGCGAUGUUUGGAUAUGAUCUUCAACAGUAUAGGACCGUUCCAGGCCAAGCGAUUUGUUUUUAAGCUUGAUGACAAGAAUGGUGUGGAUGUCCAGUGUGAAGUAGAUGCUCUCUUAGAGCGCCAGAAAAGAGAUGUCAUGCCUGUUCCAAAACCUACACCUGGCAAGCGACAAAUAGACCCAGAAAUUGCUGAUAUGAUCAAUGUGCAAGAUCAGUGCAAGGUGGAAGAAGUGGAUGAAGAUAACGUCUACUGUGUCUUUGUCUCCUAUAUUGAGAUCUACAACAACUACAUAUAUGACCUCUUGGAGGAAGCUCCCUUUGAUCCUAUAAAACCAAAGUGGAACAAUUGCAACACUCCUGUGCGAAAUGGUGACUUUAUACCUCCGCAAUCCAAAAUACUUCGUGAGGACCAGAAUCACAACAUGUAUGUCACAGGAUGCACAGAAGUAGAAGUGAAAUCUACAGAAGAAGCUUUUGAAGUGUUCUGGAGAGGUCAAAAGAAGAGGCGUAUUGCGAACACUCAGCUGAAUCGGGAAUCUAGUCGCUCUCACAGUGUUUUUAUAAUAAAGUUGGCUCAGGCCCCCCUGGAUGCGGAUGGAGAUAAAGUGCUACAGGAGAAAGAACAGAUCACUUUAAGCCAGCUGUCUCUAGUUGAUCUGGCUGGAAGCGAAAGAACUAACAGAACAAAAGCCGAAGGGAACAGGUUGCGAGAAGCAGGUAAUAUUAAUCAGUCCCUAAUGACAUUAAGAACAUGUAUUGAAGUUCUAAGGGAAAACCAGAUGUACGGAUUAAAUAAGAUGGUUCCAUACAGAGAUUCCAAACUGACUCAUCUUUUCAAGAACUAUUUUGAUGGUGAAGGCAAAGUGCGUAUGAUUGUAUGUGUUAAUCCUAAAGCUGAGGACUACGAGGAAAGCUUGCAAGUCAUGCGCUUCGCAGAAAUGACGCAGGAGGUCGAAGUUGCGAGACCUGUUGACAGACCGCUCUGUGGCUUAACGCCGGGACGGCGCUUUAGGAAUCAGGCCUUCCAAGAGGAACUCUCAAGGAAACUGGAGAUGCGGGGCGGCCCAGUAGAUGCAGAAACAGAAGAGCAAUCUGUUUUAGAAACAAUUCUGCAGAACUUUCCUCCAUUGCCCACAUGUGAGCUAUUGGAUAUUAAUGAUGAUCAAACACUUCCAAAGCUUAUUGAAGUGCUGGAAAAACGCCAUAAACUACGACAAAUGUUGAUAAAGGAAUUCUCCAAAGCUGUGCUUACCUUUAAAACAGUGCUGCAAGAAUUUGACUGCAGUGUUGCAUCCAAGGAAAACUAUAUUAAAGGAAGACUGUCUGAAAAAGAGAAAACAAUAGCAGGACAGAAAACAGAGAUAGAGCGCCUGGAGAAGAAAAUUAAAACUUUGGAAUACAAGAUUGAGAUCUUAGAGAAAACUGCAACAAUUUAUGAAGAAGACAAGCGUAAUCUUCAGCAAGAACUAGAAAGCAAGAGCCAGAAAUUGCAGCGUCAGGCUUCUGACAAGCGUAGAUUGGAGGCACGGUUUCAAGGCAUGGUGGCAGAAACAACCAUGAAAUGGGAGAAGGAGUGUGAGCGUCGGGUAGCAGCAAAGCAGCUGGAGAUGCAGAACAAACUUUGGGUCAAAGACGAAAAGCUGAAGCAACUGAAGGCCAUUGUUACUGAACCAAAAAAUGACAAGCCAGAGAGGCCUUCGCGGGAGAGAGACCGAGAGAAGCCUGUUCAGCGAUCAGUGUCUCCUUCACCAGUACCUCCUUCUAGUAACUUUAUUGCUCAGGUCCCUAACAGCCAGCAGCUCGUGAGCAACCCGCAGGUUCACAGGCGUUCUAAUUCUUGUAGCAGCAUUUCUGUGGCAUCCUGUGUUAUGGAAUGGGAGCAGAAAACCCCUUCGCACAAGCAUACCAGUGGCACUUCUAAUGCCAGGAGUAGACAACAAGAACCAGAACAAAGUAGAGACUGUUACACCUCAGACAGAAGGCGAGGGAUGUGCUGGACUGGAGUCAUUGAGGUUCCCAGGCGUAGAGAUGAGCUAGAAAUAGAAGAGGAUCAAUGCUGCAGGCCUGCAAUUUACCAUAGUCUGUUUGGGCAACUUAAAAGGUGGUCUCAUGAGCCGUGUCUGCAAAUGUCUGCUGGAAAUAGUGCUUGGACAAACAUCUCAUUUGUGUGACUUAACUUUAACUUAACUUAGUCUUCCCUAACUUUCACAUCUGCCUUAAAACUGUGGGCUUUGCUUACAGGUGGGAGCUUUUUCUCUCAUUAAACUGGUGCGUGGAAAUGUUUGUAUCGGUGGUGUCUCUGUCAUGUUGUGGCACUGUCGCAGUGGCUCAGGUAAAUCAAAGAGAAUUAUACAACCCCAGCCUCCUGGGAGCUUCUCGAGAGGAGGAAAGCGUAUUGUGGUAUGAUUCAUUUCCGACAGUGUUCUCAGAGCUUCUGUCGCUUGCUGGCCCUUUGAAGUAAGGGACAUGCUUUUAAGCAACUGCUAUUCCAAUGAACCGAUACAGGAAGCACUGUCAGCAGGGCGAGGGAUGUGGGCUCUGCCACAGGAAAACGUGACCAGUAGUAGCGUGCCCUCUCCUUAGAACAAAGCUUCUAAGGCACCUUGGCAGAAUCGUUUCAAAAUACCAUCAACAGAAAUAAGUACUUGCCCACUUAAAGCGGAGGGGAAAAAGUAUUGAAAUUCUUUUUUUUAAUGGAAGAUUUUUGGCUGAAAGCCACAUUUCCCUAUAUACUCUUAAUUUUGAAGAGCUGCUUUGGACUUGUAAGAGGCUUAUCUGUAAAGGGUACAUCCAAUCUCAUGUCUGUUGAUUGAAGAAAUCCUGAUUGAUGCUCAUCACCUGAAAAUACAGUGGAUAUAAUUUGCAGUCAUAGGUUUGGAUUGUGUAACCCCCCCGUGAUUUGGAGGUGUCUGGCAUUAGUAUGUAAGUGGAACAGAGAGUCUGCAAAAACUCCUUCAAAAGCCCAUUCAAAGAUCUUGAAGGCAGACAAGUUUUUAAACAAGUUUCCAGAUAUUUUUUUUCUGAUUUCCCUGAGCAACUGACAAUAAUGUUCAUAAAAUAAACAUGUGAGCUUCAAGCACUUCUCAUGGGUUUCCAACAGCUGAGUUGAGAAGCAAUAGCACUAGGACGGGGGACGCUUCCUCUGCUCCACUCAGAAGUGUUAGGAGGUUUUGUAUCCUUCAGAGAUGUUGGAAAUCCAUACUCAGUCUGCUUGCUUCGCCACCUCAGCCAUACAUUUUGAUCCAUGAAUGCACCCAUGGAAACACAAAUGUCUCUUUUCUGGUUGGUUAAUAUGUUCAUAGCAAUCUGUUUUGAUUUGGAAACUUGGGAGGAGCGUUACCAAACAUAAAGAUGUCCUCCUUGAGGAAACUUGACUAGGUAUGGAAUGCAACAGAUUGGAUAAUGCUGGACUAAAAUUUACAAGAAAUAGGAAUUGGCACAGAAAUAAUCUGUUAAUAAUUUUAUGCAAGGCUCUUGGUAACGGUGCCUUUCAGGAUGCACUCGUAAAGCGUUCUAGGAAUGAAGCUUUGAUCUUCAUACAAACACAUCUUAACCAGACCUGCAAAGUUCACUUCUGCUAAUGAUAUCCUUUGAGAGAUUUACUAUGUGCUGACUUCUUCUGAUUCUCUUCCACUCUGAUCAGAAUGCACCUCCGGUUCGCCUCAGACACAGACGGUCGCGCUCAGCUGGGGAGAGAUGGGUAGAUCAUAAGCCACCUUCUAAUCUGCCCACUGAGACAGUCAUGCAGCCGCAUGUC